UGGCAAGUGGUCUACCAGCGAGGAUUUGAUUAAAGUCCCCGGAGAGGCAGUUUAAGGAGCAGCCUCCCCUAAGGUCAGCAUGGCAGCAGGUGUGGCGGCGUGGCUCCCCUUCGCCCGCGCGGCGGCCAUCGGCUGGAUGCCCGUGGCCAGCACCCCCAUGCCCGUCCCGCCGCAGGACAAGCGCAAAGCCCAGGACGGUCUCAUCAUCCUCAACGUGAGCGGCACCCGGUUCCAGACGUGGCGGACCACGCUGGAGCGCUACCCGGACACGCUGCUGGGGAGCACCGAGAAGGACUUCUUCUUCCACGAGGAGAGCAACGAGUACUUUUUCGACCGCGACCCGGACAUCUUCCGGAACGUCCUGAAUUUCUACCGCACCGGGAAACUACACUACCCGCGCCAAGAGUGCAUCUCGGCCUACGACGAGGAGCUGGCCUUUUUCGGGAUCAUCCCGGAGAUCAUCGGGGACUGCUGCUACGAGGAGUACAAGGACCGGCGGCGCGAGAACGCCGAGCGGCUCCAGGACGACGAGGAGAUGGACAUGACCAACGAGGCGACGCCGGUCGACCUGACGCCGCGGGAGUACCUGUGGCGCGCCUUCGAGAACCCGCACACCAGCACCCUGGCGCUGGUCUUCUACUACGUCACCGGCUUCUUCAUCGCCAUCUCCGUCAUGGCCAACGUGGUGGAGACGGUGCCGUGCGGGAUGCUGCCCAACAAGUCCAAGGAGGUCUCCUGCGGGGACCGCUACGCGCUGGCCUUCUUCUGCUUGGACACGGCGUGCGUCAUGAUCUUCACGGUCGAGUACCUCCUGCGCCUCGUCGCGGCGCCCAGCAGGUACAAGUUCAUGAAGAGCGUCAUGUCGGUCAUCGACGUGGUGGCCAUCAUGCCUUACUACAUCGGCCUGGUCAUGACCGACAACGACCAGGUGAGCGGCGCCUUCGUCACGCUGCGCGUCUUCCGGGUCUUCCGGAUUUUCAAGUUCUCCCGGCACUCUGCGGGCCUGCGCAUCCUGGGCUACACGCUCAAGAGCUGCGCGUCCGAGCUGGGAUUCCUGCUCUUCUCGCUCACCAUGGCCAUCAUCAUCUUCGCCACCGUCAUGUUCUACGCGGAGAAGGGCUCCACGGCCAGCAAGUUCACCAGCAUCCCGGCAGCCUUUUGGUACACCAUCGUCACCAUGACAACGCUGGGGUAA